AUGGAUUCACAGGGUGGCCCUUACCUGAACAUGAGGGCGCUCCUCUCACCUCUCGGCGCUGCCCGCCUUUGCCAGCUGGCAAUGGGCUGUGCCGUGAUCGCCAUGGUCAUCCACAGUGCGGGGUACAGUGGUUCCCACGGGGUGUUCUGCAUGGUCGUGUGGUGCUUCUGCUUUGCCAUGUCAGUAGUGGUCUUCUUCUUGGAUGCCACACGGCUCCACAGCUGCCUGCCAGUAUCCUGGGACAACCUCACCGUCACAUGUGCCGCCAUUGCCACUCUUGUGUAUGUGACGGCCUCAGUGGUCUACCCCCUUUUCUUCGUCCGAUCCGAGUGUCCCUACGCCGGCUGUAACGUCCGAAAUUUCCGCAUCGCGGUCACCGUCUGCUCCAUCCUGGGGACUCUGGCCUACGGGGCUGAGGUGGCCCUCUGCCGAGCCAGACCGGGCCAAGCCGUGGUGGGCUACAUGGCCACGGUCUCCGGCCUCCUCAAAGUGGUCCAGGGCUUUGUGUCCUGCAUCAUCUUCGGCGCUCUGGCCAACGGGAGUCAGUAUUCCCUCUACGCUGCCACCAUCUACUGUGUCGUCGUCUACGCCUUCUGCUUUACUCUGACGGCACUAGUGGUCAUCAUGACGGUGUGCGGACGCACUAAGACGGUGCGCUGUUUGCCCUUUGAACGCUUUGUGGUGGUGUGCACCCUGCUGCAGGUGCUGCUCUACCUAAGUGCAUCCGUGGUGUGGCCCGUGUUCUGCUUCGACACCAAAUACGGCACACCUUGGCGACCGUCCUCGUGUCCUCAAGGGAAGUGUCCGUGGGACAGCAAAGUCGUGGUGGCAGUAUUCUCCUUUGUCAACCUUAUGCUCUAUGUGGCGGACCUUGUUUACUCCCAGAGGAUACGAUUUGUCUCUUCACAUUUGUCCAACACCUCACGGCGGCCGGGACACUAG